AUGGAGCCAUGCAAUCCAACUUUGCACUCAAAGGCCCCCCUUAAUAAUGGCUCGGAGCCAAAUUCUCACUUUCGGUUUACAGACUUACCAACAGAACUUCGUUGUUUGAUAUUGGAGCAUAUUCUGGACGACGUUGAUGAAGAGUCCGACCUCGAUGAGGAGUCCGACCUUGAUGAGGAGUCCAACGCCGCCGAGGAUCCGGAUGUCGAUGGCGCGGAUGAGGUACCCAACCUUGAUGAGGAAUCCAAUAUUGAUGAGGAGUCUUCUCCAAAGCCGAAGAUCGUCGAAAUCAUUGGAAAGCUCAACGACGUGCUUGUGCAGACUCAUAAAAUGUCUGCGCUAUUAAACGGCAUGCUUGCGCUGGGCAUCAACGUAGGUGCGACGCACGACGUUAUAGCGCUAAACAACGACUUGCUUGCGCGAACCAACGACUGGUAUGCGCGAGCUAACGACAUGUUUGCGCGAGCUGACAACACGAAUGCGGUGCCCGACAAUCUUGCCCCGGAAGUUGAGCUGGAAUACCCGCAAGCCAACAUGCUUGCGGAGCCCGAGCUGGUUCCCAAGCCUCAAAAGUUGUCAACUUUGGCGUGCGUGUCCAAGGAAUGGCAGCGAUUCUUCGAGGAGUACACGUUCAACAGCCUGGACGUCACGUUAACCAAUUCUCCAGCUGAAAUUGAGGCUCUCGGAGAGAUGGUGAAGGGCUACCGCAGGACUUUUGUUGAAGAAAUUGUACUCAAUAUCGAGCUUCCGGGAAACUCUUCAGGCGACGUCCAGGUCGAGACCGAAAAGGAGAUUCGGAGGAACAAUGCUCUUUUCACGAUGGCCGUGUUUUCGCUCUUUAAAGUUUUGGCAAACUGGACCGGCCCAGAGCAUGACCAUGGUUUGGCGCUUCGUAUUAACGUCAUGUCCGCGGACGAUGUUGAAGACUGGCCCCCAAGGGUGCAAGCGCUUCAGCAAAUGCUAUGA